CCUAAGAAAGAAAAAAAAACACAGAAAAACAAGGGUAAUUCAGGCAAAGCCGCUUCUGAGUUUUAAACCCGAGCACCCUCUUCGUCCUCUCUUCUCUGUUCGUCCCCUUUUCUUCUUUCUCUCUCCUCCCCUGCAUCCUAAUUUGCUGCACUUCACCCUCUUCCUAAUCCUUCCUUUUCUCUCUCCUAUUCUUUCUUUCCCAACUUCAUUAAAGGAUGAUUAAGCCUUUUAAUUUACGCAAUUAUACCUGAUUAAUGAAUCUUUAUCUUUAUCCUCUUCCGUAGAGUUUAAUUUCUUGGUUCUGCGUUCUGCCUAUAUUUUUCCUGGUUUCUCGUGUAAAGGUCCACCAGGCACCAACCUGCCUUUUGUGAAGUCGUGGUGGACUUGCUCAAUAGAGAGAAAGAGCAAGAAUGGGUAGCACAUUUAAUCCUCAGAUUCUAGUAGAGAAAUUAACAAAGCUCAAUAAUUCUCAACAGAGCAUAGAGACUCUUUCGCAUUGGUGUAUUUUUCACAUGAAUAAAGCAAAACUAGUGGUUGAGACAUGGGACCGACAAUAUCAUAGCUCCCCGCGUGAGCAAAGGCUGGCCUUUUUAUAUCUUGCGAAUGAUAUCUUGCAGAAUAGUCGGAGGAAGGGUGCCGAGUUUGUUGCUGAAUUUUGGAGAGUCCUCCCCGAAGCACUUCGCGAUGUUAUACGCAAUGGGGAUGAUUUUGGGAAAAAUGCAGCUCGUAGACUGAUUAAUAUAUGGGAUGAAAGAAAGGUUUUCGGCUCAAGGGGGCACAUUCUGAAGGAAGAGUUUGUGGCCAGGCAACCAGAAAACAUUGUUAAUAAAAGUGGGAAGCAACUCAGCAUCAAAUUUAGACAAUCAAUUGGAAUUAUGUUUGAUAAGAUAAUUUCAGAUUAUGAAACUAUUUACGGGGGUCAAUUGGAUGAAGAUGCUUUACUGAGUAGAUGUACAAAUACCGUUAGCUGUUUGGAGAAACUAAUAAAGGAUAAUAGCAGCGGGAUAAGUUCGGGUAAUUUCAGCGGAUCUGGAUUUGCUGAGGAAUUUCAAGGACAGCAUGCUGCAUUGAGGGAAUGCAUUGAGCAGCUGACAACACUUGAAGCUUCAAGGGCGAGUCUUGUAUCGCAUUUGCGAGAUGCUCUUCAAGAGCAGGAACUAAAACUGGAUCAAGUGCGUAGACAACUCCAAGCUGCUCAGUUGCAAUCAGAUCAAGUUGCUAAUGUUAGUCAACAGUUUGUUAGUCCGGACAGCAACAUAGUGGUAAUGGAAGAACGAGUUGUGAAAGAUGAUCAUGGUUCCUUAGCGCCACCUGGGUUCACUUCCGGGGACAGGCAAGCAAACCCUGUUGUAUACACAAGACAAGUCCCUGUAAGUGAUAAGUCUGCUGCAGCUGCUGAGGAUGAUUCCCGGAAAUCUGCAGCUGCUGCAGUAGCAGCUAAGCUUACUGCUUCUACUGCUUCAGCUGAGAUGCUGAGUCACGUCCUUACAUCAUUGGUAUCAGGUGUUGCCUUUGGUAAUUCUACAGAUAAUGAUCCCCACCAUUCUGAUAAGAGACCUAAACUUGAGAAUGAGGCAUCUUCCUAUGCUUCAGCACCACCCCCUCUGCCACCUCAGAAUCAGCAACCACCAUCACCUUUGACACCUUUCCCGCAUCCCGAGUCCCUCCAACAGAAUCAGAAUCAGAAUGCUAAUAAUUCUACCCCAACAAAUCAGCAGUCAGCAGGUGGUGAACAGCCGCCCCUGCCAUCUUCCUCCCCUCCACCUCUCCCACCUUUGCCACCGAUGCCGCUAUAUCCAAUGCCACCUCAGUUUAUUCAGACAGCUGGAUCAAUGUCGAACGUGGCUUACAGUUAUGGGGCAACCCUACAGCCACCUCCUUUGUCUGGAUACCCUUCUGUCACAGGUAUGUCUCCUUAUGCAGCUCCUCCGGUCAACAACCCAUAUCAACCUUUUCCAGGAUCUGAAAGCGGAUUCUAUAGUCCUUCAUCGUCUGUUCCUAUGGCUCCAAUUUCUCGUCAGCAGACUUUGUAGUUCCGAAAUUUGUUGGAUUUAGAGGGGAUGGAAGAUUUAAAUAGGGUUUGUUCCUUUGGAGGAACCCUUUGGCUCAAUUUGUAACAUUUGAGGUUAUACAGUGCAUAGUUAGAAUUUGCACAUAGCAGCACCUUUAACUAUUUGUAAUUUGUAGCUUCUUACUAGUUCAUUUUUUUUCACAGAUUUGGAGAGUUAAACAUGUUGUUUUGAUUGUAUUUGCCCUGUUGUUUGUUCGAUCAUUUACCUUUGAUGGUAAGUUUAUUAGUACUAUUUUUUGUUAGGGAAAAGAAGGGGUUAUUAUCAGAUGACAAUAAGAAAUGACUUUUAUGUGUA